AUCGCCCCCCCCCCCCUUGUCUCAGUCAGCUGACGCUAUAAAUGAAAUGCACACAAGCUCGGCAGCUACGUCAGACCCACGUGACUGAGAGACGCGUCUCGGGGACUGUCACGCUAUGGCUGAGCAAGCGGUGAUCGAGAACAGAGGGGUCAUUCAUAGAAUGCUGUCUACUGUUGGUGUUCCCAGUCUGGCUAGCAGUGUGUGGGGCUAUGUGGAUAAAACAAUAAGGUGGUGCUGGAUUCCCAACUGGCUGCCAUCGUGGUGUCCAACUUCAAAGAGCCAUCUGCAAGCUUCAGAGGAGAAGAUGCUGCAGUAUGUCAGCGCUGCAUUUACUAAAGAGUUCGUUCCCAUCUCCAACGACAAUCUUCUGUGGACCCUGACUUUUUGCAAUGACCAUGUUAAAGAUAAAACUCCCUUAGUUCUGCUGCAUGGCUUCGGCGGCGGGGUGGGCCUGUGGGCCCAGAAUCUGGAUGAUCUCUCCCAGCAUCGGCCUGUCUUUGCACUGGACUUACUGGGUUUUGGCCAGAGCAGCAGGCCUGUGUUCUCAACAGAUGCAGCAGAAGCAGAGGAUCAGUUUGUCGAGUCCAUAGAACAGUGGCGGGCCAGUGUGGGUCUGGAGUCUAUGAUACUUCUUGGCCACAAUCUGGGAGGAUACCUCGCUGUGUCAUACUCCAUUAAAUACCCAGGCAGAGUAAAGCACAUUGUCCUGGUUGAGCCCUGGGGUUUGCCUGAUCAUCCGGAGACGACAGAACCAGACCGGCCCAUCCCUGUGUGGAUCAAAGCCCUUGGUGCCAUGUUCAGUCCCUUCAACCCCUUGGCUGGCCUGCGACUGGUAGGACCACUGGGUCCCACUCUGGUGCAAACACUAAGACCCGACUUCAAGAAAAAGUUCUCCCUCGUGUUCACUGACAACACUGUGCCAGAUUACAUCUACCACCUGAACGUGCAAAGCCCCAGUGGGGAAACUGCUUUUAAGAAUAUGACUGCGCCAUGUGGCUGGGCCAAGAGGCCAAUGUUGCAGAGGAUUGACCAGCUGCAGUCUGAUAUCCCCAUCACCAUCAUUUAUGGCUCCCGCUCCAGCAUAGACAGCAUCUCGGGCAUCACCCUCAAAGGGAUGAGGCCACACGCUCAUGUGGACAUCAUAAUCCAGCUGCACAGAUCCAACCAACUGCAUUUGACGACAACAACUGUUCUGUAGCUCAAAGUGAACUGAUGUGGUCUGACAUAUAUCAAGAGUUUAAACUGCCCCACUGACAUCCUGAAAUAUGUACAAAAGUGGUCGUCACACAGUUCCAACUCCUGGAUCAAACCAUGAAAUUCUCCCUGCUGCUGCCUGCUUGUGAGAACUUGAUGAACCCAGAAUCUCCAUUUCUUUGUUUUCUUGUUUAGAAACAUCAGGACCAGUUCAUUACGUAUGUUUGUUAUACUUAAGUUUUUGAGAUGGUCAAAUUUAAAUAUUGGACAAAGAUGACACAAGUAAACACAAAAUGCAGUUUCUAGGUGUCUGUGUAAAUAAAACUUGGCUCUGUGUGAAAAAGUGAUUUCCUUCCAAACCUAAUAACUGGUUGGGCCACGCUUAGCAGCAACAACUGGAAUCAAUUGUUUGCAAAGAUGAGUGGGUCAGAAUUCCUUCAGAGCUGUACAAGACUCACCUCCAGUUAUCACAGAAUUGUAAUUCAGCCACACUGGAGGGUUUUUGAGCAUGAACCACCUUUUUAAGGUCAUGCCGCAGCAUCUCAAUCAGAUUCAUGUCAGGAGUUUGACCAAGCCACUCAAAUCUCUUCAUUUUGUUUUUCUUAAGCCAUUCAGAGGUGGACUUGAUCGUGUGUUUUGCAUCAUUGUCCUGCUGCAGAACCCAAGUGUGCAGCUUGAGGUCAUGAACACUUCAGUGUUACUUUUUGCACCAGAAGUCUUUGGGAUCAGUACUGUUUUUUUGUUUGUUUGUUUUGUUUUUGUGUUUUGUGGGGGGUUUUUUUGUUUGUUUGUUUUUUUUUUAACUCAGCCAUGUCGGCCAUUUUUGGGCUGACUCUCUUUCUUAUGGUGGAGUCAUGAACACUGACCUUAACUGAGCCAAGUGAGGCCUGCAGGUCUUUGGAUAUUGUUCUGAGGUCUUUUGUGACCUCUUGGAUGAGUUGUUGCUGUGCUCUUGGGGUAAUUCUGGUUGGCCAGCCACUUAUGUUAAGGUUCACCAUUCAAUGAUUUUGCCAUUUGUAGAUAAUGGAUCUCACUGUGGAGACUGUGGAGUCCCACAGCUCUAGAAAUGGCUUUAUAACAUUUUCCAGACUGAGAGCUCAAUGACUUUUUCUCAUCUGUUCCUGAAUUUCCUUGGAUCAGGGGAUGAUGUCUGGCUUUUGAGGACAUUUUUGUCUACUCCACUUUGUCAGGUCGUAUUAAAGUAAUGUCUUGAUUGAGAACAGGGGUGGCAGUAAUCAGGGUGUGGCUAGAGAAAUUGAACUUGACUUUCCAAAGAUGUGAUACACUACCAUUAAUUAUAAUGGGAGGGGGCGGGGCAAUCACUUUUUCACACAUGGCCAUUCAGGUUUGGAUUUUUUUUUCCCCUUUAUAAUAAACACCUUCAUUUAGAAACUGCAUUUUGUGUUUACUUGUCAUCUUUGUCUAAUUUUUAAAAAUUAGAAAUCUGAAAUAUUUAAAUGUGACAAACAUGCAAAAAAAUGGCAAACACUUUUUUCACACCGAUGUAUAUGUUACAUGGCAUUUUGGAAUUUUGGGUCACUGUUUCGCAGCACAUUCUGUGUCAUGGCCUUUAGGACUAGGUGAGAGUUGUGGUAAGGGUUUGGCACUUAGGGGAAAAGAAUGGGCAGUUGCUUUCAUACACCUGUCAAGUCUGAGGAAGACUGGAUGAGCAGCUGCCUAGACAGGUGCAAAACAGACACUGAAAUAUUAUGAUAUGCAAAGAAAUUCUCAUUAGAACAGACUCGAGACAUUUUCACUUCCUAAUUCUGUGUUAAUGAGUGUAGAUUCAUGGGGAAAAAUGUCCAUUUAAAAAAAAAAAACUAACUAACCUAACUAACUAGAGGCUGCUGCAAACAAAGAAACAGUCACUAUCUGACCUCUACAACAGAGUAUUACGGCCACAUUAAAUGGAAAAAAAAAAAUUGAUAAUAUAUUAUUAUUGAUUGAAAACAAAGUCGAAAUUUCAAGUUUAAAGCCUCCCAAGCUUUUUUGAGAAAAGUCGAAAUGUGGAGAUUACAGCUGUUGUUUCAACACACACUGCCACUAACUCAGAGGGUUGCUAGACCCUCGGAGUUAGUGAAAUGUUCCUUCAGAAUCUGUUUUAGUAACGAGGACAGAAAUGAUGCCUCUUUAGCACAGAAACGGUGCAGUGAUCUGUACAUGGAUGUUGAAAAGAGUGCAGAAAGCCACUUGGAAGAGUGGAUUUGCACAAAAUGAACUGGCUGGCUAUGGUUACAGCCUCGUGCAAUAAAGAGGAUGUAUGCUGUAUCACAAGAGGGCUGAUCAAUUUGUUUCACUAUAUAAUUUUAUUUUAUUUCAUUUAUUUUUUUUUAAUUAUAAAAAAUACUACUCCGUAAAAGUUGGAGGUUUUGACUGAACAAAACAAAAAAUUUGAGGCUUCAUCAAAUAAAAAUCACUGGACAAAAGACUGAUUUGUUGGUUUUGUACAUGGGGUUUAGUUUACUUAAGCUUAAAAUACAUUUGUUUAAUGAAUUAUUUAUAAGAAAACCUCAUUUUAGCAGAGUUCCACAGAUUCAGUGCCUUAAUUGCAUGUGGAGCAAUCAUGCUUAUGUGUAUAUUGACGCAUCAAAGGUACAUUUUUCUGCCAUGAAGAACCGUGGAACUGACUGUAUGGA